AUGUAUAAGGAGUCUGGCGAUGAGGCUAAGGUUGGUGCCCAGUUCGGUCUGCUCAAUCUUUUCAUCGUGGUACCCCAGAUCAUUGUCACCCUAGUUGUGGCCGAGAUGAGUGUCCCGAUUGGUCUUGAGGCUUUUAUGGUAAUGAAUGGUGUCGCAUUCGGAAAUGCAGCUAUUGUCGCCAUCUUCAUCCGCGAGAACCCAAAUUACAAAUACUAA